AUGAAUUGCGACAUAUAUCGUUGCAAUACGAAUUUUGGCACAAACAAUGGUAAAAUCUACACUUCUCAACACGUUGCGAAAGUAAAAACAAAAUUAGACGAGAAUCAAAGUGAAUCUGGGAACAAAAUUGCAACUAUACCAAAUGCCUUGUGCUUAUUCAGAAUUGGAUUGACGCCGGUAGUUGGAUAUUUAAUAAUAAAAGAAUCAUAUAUGACUGCACUGGCCUUAUUUGCUGUUAGUGGAAUAACGGAUUGGCUAGAUGGCUAUAUUGCUCGGAACAUUCGAAAUCAAAGCUCGUCAGUUGGUAGCAUAAUUGACCCCGUGGCUGACAAAUUACUUGUCACAACCGUUUUUGUUACUCUCACUUACGUCAAACUUAUACCAUUGGCUCUUACGAUUCUGGUGAUUCUACGAGAUUUUGGCCUAAUCAUUGGUGGAGCCGUGACCAGGUAUAAAACAAUGGAAAAACCGAUAACACUGAUCCGAUAUUUCACUCCAUCUAUUUCACCACUUCAGGUCACACCAACAUCUGUCAGUAAAGUGAAUACAGCGCUUCAAAUGUGUGCAAUCGCUGGAAGCUUGGCAGCUCCUAUAUCAGAUUUUACAAGUCAUCCUUUUCUGACCUAUAUCUAUUUUGCUACUGCCGCAACAACGAUCUAUUCUGGACUUCAGUAUGCACGGCUGACCAGAAUGGGGCCGAUUAAGAAAGAAUAAUUUUGAACGUUUGAUUUUAUUUUCUAUGUUUUUCUUCUUUUCAGGUUUUACUUAGUACUGAAGCUUGAACGUUGACUUUGCUUGAUAAAUAUGCGAAUUUCUACCACACAAAAUAUUAACCGUAUAAACUCUAAGGGACAAGUAACUUUAAUCUGUUCUUUUUGUUGACAUAUGGGUGUUAUGUUAAUUUGUUGUUGUAUUUCGUUUCGUGGUCUGUUUCUUUUUUCGCUAAAGGAACUUAAAUUUGAUAACUGAUGGUAAACAACAACUUGUAGUCUGUGACAUGUUUGGUAAUCUCUGUUAGUGAUUGUUCAGUGUACGUUUUAUAUUAAUAUCAA